AUGUCCAUGAUAUCGCAGACGCUGCAGGGCGCGGUGCUCAGCAUCACGUCCAAUGUCCUUGCGCAAGGACUGUCAGCAUACAAGGAUAGCACGCCCUUCUCACUAAACAUCAACCAAGUCCUCAAGUUCGCCAUAUUCAGCAUCGUUAGCAACCCACCGAACAUCCUCUGGCAAGGGCUCAUCGAAGACCUGUUUCCCACAAAUGUCGCCUCGACUGCGCACGACCCAGAUGUCAAGACCGUCAAGCCGGCGAAGACCGAGAAGAGCACAAAGAACAUCUUGAUCAAGUUCCUGCUCGAUCAAACGAUUGGCGCCGUGGUCAACACACUCAUGUUCAUAGCCUUCAUGGCCUACGCCAACGGACCGCAGCAGGGGACAUUGAGCACACAGAGCACCUGGGACGCCAUCAGACAGGACUGUGAGCAAAAGCUGUGGCCGAUGGUCAAGGAUGGGUACAAAUUCUGGCCUGCCAUCAGUCUGAUCAGCUUCGUCUGGGUCCCACUUGACAAAAGGAUACUAUUUGGCUGCUCGGUCGGCGUGGUUUGGGGCAUCUAUCUCAGCCUAAUGGCUGGCGCCUAA